AUGGAGCUGCCGGGCAAUGGCUCCUCGACGCCGAAGGAGACGACGCCGCUGCGCGGUCCGGCCCUGCCGGCGUUCCCGCGCGACGGCCGGUUGAACGUGAGCAGCAACAUUAUCUUGCAUUUCCGUGUCCAGGAGCUCAAGGACCUGUGCUUCGUCAACUUCGUCCUCGCGCUCCUCACGCUGCUCUACAUGGGCGUGAACGUGACCAUGUUCGUGCUCAACUACCUGAACCGCGACGACGACGACUGCGGCGACCCGGACAGCGUCUACGUCGCGCGCUGCGGGUCGCCCGUGUCCGCCUUCGUCUUCCACGCGCUCGAGUUCUGGGCGACGGCGGCCUACGCCAUGGUCGAGGCCUUCGCGCUCGUCUACACGCCGCGCGCGCUGUCGUCGAUCUCGAACCGGCCGAACCUGCUGAAGCUGCUCCUCUUCUUCGACGUCGUCGCCACCUUCGUGCCCGCGCUGCUCGUGACCCUGAACCUCGAGGCCUUCGAGGUCGCGAGCCACGAGAUCGAGUACUGCAACGAGCUCACGAUGGCCUUCGCGAAUCUCGUGCUCCUCGCGUCGCUCGUGCGGCGCCGGCGCGGCGCGGAGCCGGGGCCGGGCGCCGGCGGCGACGGCGCGGUCAACGCGUCCAUCGCCCUCGCCGCGGCGGCGACGGCCGCCGUCCAGGUCCUCGUCUACAACAGCGGCCUGCCGGACGCGGAGCGCGUCGCCCACUACUUCGAGUUCACCUUCGCCGUGCUGUCGUCCUUCGUGACGUUCUGGUUCUGCCUCGACAACCGGGCCAUGGGCGAGGAGGAGGUCCUCUGCAUCAUGUACGGCGACCACCGGGACUGCUCCAACUGCACCGUCGUCCACACGUCCCGCGCGUCCGAGCUCGUCGCCCUCAAGCAGGCGGGCUCCCUCAACGCCGCGGCGCGCGCGCGGCGGCACGCGGACGGCGCCGCGUGCCUCGUCUAA